AUGAGCUUGCGCCACGAGAGCCUCAAUAAGUACAAGUAUCAGGGUCUGUCCGGUGGUCGGGAAAUUCGGUUGCUCAAACUCUUUCCUGGCUCAAAAGGCUCAGAAUUGAAGUGCGAUCUUGAAAUCGUCAACAUUGACACCGACAUAGAUGACUGCUUAUGGUCAGCAAUUUCGUACUGCUGGGCCACAGAGUAUUGGCCGGACCGACCUUUUCUGCUACGAUGUGACAGCAGUGACACAGAGCGAUCUACUUUCCUAGAGGUCUCACGUACUCUCUUCAACUUGCUAACGCAGCUGCAGGACGAGGAGACACACAGAUAUCUUUGGAUCGAUGCAAUUUGUAUCAACCAAAGUAAUGUGGUGGAACGGAGCCAGCAGGUGAAUAUGAUGGGGGAGAUCUACGGUAAAGCGAACCAAGUCAUCGUCUGGCUUGGUCCAGAGGAUGGUCGAACACAGGCUGUCUUUGCCGCGUUCGAAUUGCUAGUCAGUAUGCGUACCCCGGAGAAUCCGCAAGGCAUGGAGAACGUCAUGGCUUUCGGCUCGAUUGACUUGGAGGAGUUUGAUCGCGUUGAGCCCGCGGGUGGUCCAAGCUUGACGCGGGAUAUGUUGGCCCUGUUCGACAGACCCUGGUUCUCGAGAGCUUGGGUGUUACAAGAGGUAGGACUGGGAUCCAAUGUCGCCGUGCUUUGCGGUUCCCAAAUCAUCAAGUGGCAAACCAUCGGUACUGCCGUCAUAUUCUUCAAUCAGAAAGAGAAGUCAUUAGUAGAGCACUUGAAGCGAUCGGCAGAUGUGAAUAGAGCUUUUCAUCUUUUCACCGCGUUUAGAAGAGAACAAACGCCGGGGACAACCAAGUUCCAGUUUCUAUGGGACCACUUUUUGUAUGUCCUGGACAACGCGCGUCCUUACCUCGCCACAGAACCUAGGGAUAAAGUCUACUCACUACUUGCUCAUUGGACUGCUCGGACAAAAGAAGGCACUUCCUUCAUAGAGCCAGAUUAUUCAAGGUCCCUCCUAGAAGUCUACCGAGAGGUCACGUUGCGGAUGAUUGCAAAAACCGAUAGCCUGGAGGUUCUUUCAGCUGUACAGCACGAUCCAGGCUCAAUCUUGCAAAAAGACUGUAAGUUCCCGACCUGGGUCCCACGAUGGGAUCAGUACUACAAUUGCCAAAUGCUUGGCCGCUACACCAGUAAGCACUUUGCGGGGGGCAAUUCACCUGCUUCUAUCAUACCGGUCGACGACAUCGAUGUUCUCAAAGUCCAAGGCAUCCUCUUCAAUAGAACCUGUUUCCAGUCAGAUGUUCUCAAGUCUGCGAAUUUCAAUCUUCCACCGAUGGCCAUAGAAGGACCGAACCCGGUUGCGGCCAUCUGGAUCGCCUGGGGAUUGGAUCAGAUCGAAAACAAUUGUUACCCACGGCUCGCUCCUCCCAGCAGUCCCAGUCUCUGGGCGGCGUACUACUCCACUUUUACAGCUGGAAUGACCGACCCACCUGAUGGCUAUGACAUGCUGGAGCCUGCAGCAGACUUCAAUGCUUACUGGGUCCACCUCUUCGAGAAUGAGUAUGCUGAGAUAGAAAGAAGUGAGAACGCGUCGGCAAUCCUCGAGGUAUCUCGCACACGCAGAAGUGCCAAAAAUGGCGAUUGGCGUCGAUUUCGUGAGGCCGCGGCUGGCGUAUGCAAUAUGCGGAGGGUUUUUAUGACAGAAAAGGCCUUCCUGGGCCUGGGCCCGGCUGUGAUGCAGAAAGAUGACAUUGUCGCCGUACUUUCUGGCUCGGAUACUCCAACUGUGCUGCGUCGCUGCGGGCGAUCGCGAUACCAGGUCAUUGGUGAGUGCUAUGUGCAUGGGUUGAUGCAAGGUCAAGCACGUAAUGCACUGCGAAAUGGCGCACUUAAGCUCUACGACCUAGAAUUGUGCUAG